CAUGCGUGUACAUACAUACAUAUGGCACAGUGGAUACGUGGGAUAAUCAAAUAAUGUAGCUCGAGUCUCGACGUUCGUGCGAUUUUUCCCCGAUUUUAUCCUUAUCGGAGGUGUUCUCGCUCGCGAGAGGAUCCGCACGGCGGAAGGAGGAGAGGCGGGUUUCCGGUAUCACUAUGUCCCCCGUGCCGCACCGUCCCGCCGUAGUCCGGAUUCCUCGUGUUCGCGCCACCGUUCUCGACGGCCCGUGUCCACGUAAACAGCGCGCGCGACCGAUCCCGGCCCCGACCGUCGCGGACGGACUCUGAUUUCGCUCGGCGCUUUAUCGCGCGCGCCUUAUCGCCCGACCGCCGCUUCCGACAGCCAACGCGCAGCCAGGAUGUUCAAGAAAUUCAAGGACAAGCUCGCGGAGGAGAUGAAGCAGUCGCCCGCGAGGCUGCAGGCGAGCGUGCAACAACUGGCGCAGGCGGUGGUGUCGCCGGCCCUGUCCAACAGCUCCAUUCAGGAAGUGUCAGCGUCGAAUGACAAUUUCAGUUUGACGGAGGAUGGAGACGAAACGCCAAAGAACACUCCGGCGAAGCACAGCUUUCAAAAUGUUGACCUGAUAUCGCCGUCGCAGAAUCGCGCGGAGGUCUCGAGAAGGUCCUCGGUGAGCAGCGUCACCAGCGACGCGUCCUCGUUGUUUCCAAUGUACGAGAGUCCCUCAAAUUUAUAUCACUUACAGUCGGACAUGGAUCAGUCGGCUAGCGAAGUGGACGACAACAUCAGUCCUCAUCUCGAUAGAGUUACCAAGGAUCAGUUGUACUCCGCCUAUCGAAAGGUACAGACCAAGUAUCACAAGUAUCGCGGUAGAUAUACGGAUCUAGCCACGCACUAUCGCGAAUUGGACAGAGUGAAAGCCAGGCUGGAGUCCGUGUUGGUUGAAACGCAAGACAAGGUUCUAAGAAGAAUAGCCGACCUAAAGGAGCAAUGUCAAUUAGAGCAACAAGCGAAGGCACACUUGGAGGACGUGCUGAGGAACGAUAUAGAAGAGAAGGAUCACAUUAUAAAUACGUUAAAUACAAAGAUAAGAUUGUUGCAAACAAGCGGACCAACGUUAGACAAUUCAGUGUCGGAAGACGCUCAACAAAAGGAGAGUUCUAAAGGAAACCUAAUCGAUUUGACGAACGAGCCGUCUAGCGACGAGAGUAACGCGCUGUCGAUAGAAAAUACUCAGUUGAAGGAUAAAUUGAAAAAGCUGGAGAGCCUCGUUUUGAAGUACAAGGAAUCCUUGAAGCGUAACAAGGAGAAAUUUACGGAAGUGAUGAAGGAGAAGAACACCCUGGAGAACGAUCAUGAGGCGCUAAAGAAUUCCACUGCCGAGAGGAUAAGCGCGACGGAGGGCGAAUUGAGUGCGGCGCGUAUCGAGAUCGAAAAACUGACCGAACAAGUAGACACUUUGCACAAACGUGAAGAGGAAGUGGCGAUUUCAUUAGCCGAGAAUAAACUUUCCGUGCACAGGGAACUCGAGGAGAAAGAGGAGCAAAUCAAGCAGCUACGAAUCGAUCUGAAGCACGUAACGGAAGAUAAAGAGAAUUUGAACGAGGCAAUAGCGAGAUACAAGACCGAAUUGAGUGAAUUCAAAUCCCAGCGCGCUGAUUCGAGUAUAGCUGCGGAGAAAGGCGCGAUAGCGCACGACACGUCAAAAAAGAAGACCGAAGCAGCGAGAUCUACGCGACAAGCGGGAAUAAAACGUCACGAGGAAGUCGAUCACGGUAAGGAAGCGAGGACGGAGGACGAGAAUAUACCGGAUGAAGCAACGCCUCGUUUAAAGGAAAAAGAAGCCGAGUUGCAGGAAUUGCGGCAUAAAUUGGAUGAAAUGGAAAAACAAAAUGUAGAAUAUAGACACGAUAGGGAGACAUUACAUAGCGAACUGCUUGCUUGGAAAGUCACACAUUCGGACCUGAAGACGGAGUACGACGCGUAUAAAAUUGUCGCGGAAGAGAAACGGAAAGACGCCGACUCGACGAUUGAGAAGCUCCAAGCGACGGUACAAAGCGUCGACAAGGAAUUGGAGAACAUGAGAAACGCGUUGAUCGACAGGGAUCAAGUGUGCGAGAAUUAUAACAAGAAGAUGCAGCAGUACGCAGCCAUGCUCGAGAAAACCAAGUAUCAAUUGAUCGACCAGGAGGCAGAGAUAAAAUCUCUGAAUGAUAAAUUGGAGGAGCUUUCUGGGAUGCGAGAAGAAUUGGAAAGUAAAAAGGCCGAAUUAAACGCGAUGCGAAGUGAGUUCGAACUUUGCAAGUCUACGAUCGACGACCUUACGAAUAAGAUCCAGGCAGACAGUUCAGUUAUAAGUUUAUUGAAAAAGGAGAGAAGCGACUUGAUAAAUCGUCUUAUUUAUUACAACGAUUGUAUGCGGCGUUUAAAGCAGGACUGCAUGGACGUUAAAAGUGUCGUUGCGGAAGAGUUCUCAAAUCAGAAGACCAAAAUAUCGGACAUGAACGCGACUCUCGCCGUAUCUUUUGCGAAGCUCGAAGAAGAGAACGUGACACUCAAGUCCGAAGUGAACGAAUUGCGUUCGAAGGUAAAGGAUUUAGAACAGCUUACGUUGAACGAAGCAGGACUGCAGUCGGAACUAGCGCGAGUUACGGAUCACAGAUUCGCGCUAGAAGCAAAAUUGAGGGAGAGCAACGAACGAUUGGAAGAAAUGAUGCUGAAAAGUAACCAGUACGACGAGCUUAAUAGGAUGAAUGAAAAAUUAAUAGCCGAGAUCGAUAAUCUCUAUUUUAAUAAGUACGAUCUAGAAACGGCAUCGCACAAGUUGACGCAGUCGCAACAGGAAGUCAUGGUCCUGCGAGAACGAUUGAGGACGAUGGAGAAUCUCGAGUCUGCAAAUCACGCGUUGUCCGUCGAGAUUGAUGACUUAAGGGAGAAGCACGCGCAGGCCAGUCGCGUCUUUAAGGAAGUAGACGAGUUGAACGCGAAGUUACGCGAGGCGACCGAGGUCAUUAGCUCGUUAAAAUCGGAGGGCAGCGAUCACGACACGUUGCGAGAGGAGUUGCACGCCUUGAAAUCAGAAAUAGCUCGCUUAAAGGACGAUCUGGCUGAAAAAGAGAACGAGAUAAAGACUCGCGAUGGGAAGCUGGCGAGCGAGGAGGGGCACGUCGCGCAUUUGAAAUCUACGUGCGACAGUCAUAUACAGACAAUCGAGGAACACGUGAGGAAGUACCUGAACUUGGAGGCGGAGUACCAGGCGACGAGGGAGAGUCACGCGAAGGAAACUGUCGAAUUAAUGGAGAAUAACAAAGUAUUGCAGGAAACGGUGAACGUGAAGCUCGUGCAAUUGAAGAAGAUGAAAACUAUUAAAGAGCGGCAAAGUAAAACGAUCGAGGAAGUGAGAGCCGAGCUUGACGAAUCGAAGAUUCGGCAGGCAGAAUUGUCGAGCAUGUUGGGAACCUUCGAGAAGCAGAUGGAGUCGCUGAAGUUGGAAAAUUCUCAGAUCGCCCUGGAGAACAAAGAUCUGAAGGACAAGCAUAACGAUCUCUUGAGCCGUAAUCAGAAGUUUUGCGAAAACGACGAGGCUCUGAAGCAGAAAAUCGCAGAUUACGAGAAGGAGAUUGAAGAAUUACGAGGAGCGGUGAAGAAUUACGUGGAGUCGUAUAAGUCCCAGCUGAACAGUCAGAGCGAGGAGGUAGAACGCUUGAGCAACGAAUUGACGAUCGUUAACGCGCAGCUCGAACGUAAAGAUACGGAAAUGAAUUCGCUGGACGAGAGACGGGCGAUGAGCGAGAGAGAAUCGCAGGAGAUUAAAGGGAGACUUAACGAGCGGGAUACCGAGUUGAAGGAUAAAAUUUCCGAGUUGGAUACAGCGUUGACGAACGGCAACGUCAUGAAGAAGGAGAACGAGCGGCUUUGCGCAGAGUUGAAGUCGCUGAGGGAUGAAGUUAAAAGAAUUAAAGACAUCGAAGAUAAGAACGCGGAGUUGAAAUCAGAGCUUAGCAAUUCGAUCCAAAAGAAUUCUGACGCGGAGACAAUACGUUCGGAGAACAACGCGCUGAUUGCCGAGCGGAAAGCGUUAAAAGACAGAAUUGCCGAGUUGGAAAGUGUAAAUUCCGGUAACGUGGAGUUGCAAACUCAUGUAAAUAAUUUACAAUCUAAAAUAUCUAGUUUAGAGGCCCUACGGACGGAAAACGAUAGAUUGCAGUCGGAGAUCGAGACUUUGCAGUCCGCGAAGAAUUCGUCGACGGAGUUGGGCGCCUUGAAAGAUUUAUUGACGGCGAAAGACGCGGAGAUAAAAUUAUUGGAGGACAAAAUAUCCAACAUGUCGCAGGAGAUUGGGAAUUUGAGGCGGUUCUCUCUUGAAGUCGACGAAAGGAGAAGGGAUGCGGACACGCUGAGAAAUUCGCUCGCGCAAUCGGAGGAAAAGAUCGCUGGCCUGCAGUCGGAGAUUAAUUCUCUCGUUCGUACGAACGAUACAUUGCGAAAGCAAUUAGAGACAGUCCGUAACGACGGAGACGUGAAACUUGACGGCGACAAGUUACGCGAGGAGAAUAAAAGAUUGGAGGCGCAGCUCGACGAGACGUUGAUAACAUUCCAAGCGAAAGAGACGCAGAUGCAACUGGCAAAUAACGAGCUGAGGUCGCAAUCCAAUCAAUUGAGGGAACAGUUGAAGACCAGCGAGGAGGAACAAGGAAUGAGGCUGAAGCAGCUGGUCAAAGAGUUCCAAGCUCAGUUGCACGACAAGGAAGAGGAACUUCAAGCCGCGUUGGAGAAACGUUUCGAUCGCCAACACAACUACGAAUCGAAUCUUGUGCAACAGUACAAGGAGCAAUUAAAAGAUUUUCAAAUAGAGUUGACAGAGAAGUCCGAGCAGCUCGAGAGCCUCGUCCUGGAAAAAAAAGAUGUGGUAGCAGAGAAGGGAAAGGAUAUUGACCGCUUGAUGGAAACGAUCGCGCAGAUUAAGAAGGAACACGCUAACGAGAUAAAAGAAUUGGAGAAGAAGUGGAAGGCCAUAGUGCAGCAGAAAAUCGACAACCUGCAAGUUAAACAUGAGGAGGAAUUGAAUGAACUAACAAAAGAGUGGCAGAAUGAGAGAAAGCUUGAUCCACAAACUGACGCAGGUUCCAAGGAAUUAGAGAGCACUUCACGCGUGGCGAUGGCCGCGAUACAUACGAGCACUGGAUCGAUUCACACCCUGCAACAGACCCUGACUUCUCAAAGGCGGGAACUCGCAGAGCUUAGGAAACUCGUGAACUUGCGACAUGACACAUUGGAAGACUCGACGGAGAUCGAGUACCUCAGAAACAUUUUGUUCGAAUAUAUGAUGGGAAGAGAGACAAUGGUGCUUGCCAGAGUAAUCGCCGCCGUCGUCAAGUUCGAUCAGGAACAGACCGCGAAGGUACUUAAGAAGGAGGAGGAUAAGCUAACUCUGUUUGGCUCGCUUGGUCUCACAUAGUCCGAGAUGUACAACUUUCCUGUAUAGAAGAAUUCUAUAGAUAACUGACGCGUUUUUCUGCCCGAGUAUUCUAUGUUUCUACAGGCCGCUCGCGCGAGCUGUAUCUUCGGUUACAUAUAUAAAGAAGAAAACGAGAAUUUGUACAAAUUAGCUGAAAUAUGUAAUGUUUACAGAUUUUUAUAAAUAUUAAUUUAACAGAAUGUUAUCGUAUGUGAUAAGGCUUAUAUAAUAUAGAAAUAUAGAUAAUGUAUAAAGUAUGUCCUUAUCUGUGAUUUUCAUCGCAUAAAAGAUAAGAUAAUCAUCUAAACACGCGUUGGAAGUAUGUAUCUUCUACGAUGAACGCUUUUUACGUUAAGGAUGUGACAAUAGCUGCGGUUCACUUGACGCUACAAAUGCUUUGAAGCGUUCUUCCUCUCCUUCUUUCUUUAGUGAAAGAAAGGAGAAGAGGAAUGCUUCGAAGCAUUUGUAGCAUCAAGUGGACCGCAGCCAAUGUCUCGUAAGUACAACAGUCUAAAGACUAAUAUGCGUAAUUUGCAAUUAAUAAUAUAUAUUCGCAAUGAAUACUGUUUUUCAAAUAGUUUAUUAUAGAUAUCGCAUUUUAUCACCAACAAUCAGUAUCACUAACGUCUAGAAAUAUAUGUACAUUAAUCUAUACAUUAAA